AUGAAUGCAAAUACAAACGAGAUAGAAUUCCCACAAUACUUACAUAUGGAUCCACUUUAUGACAAUGAGCAAAUUAAUAGAUAUCAACGAAUUAAGCAAACAACAACACAACUUCAAGAAAUGUCAAAAUUUAUAAAAAAUUAUAUUUCCUCUGGCAAGAAAUUUGCACAGGCCAUAUCAGAUCUUCAUAAUGUAAUGUCUCAAAUUGAUAUUGUUGCUAUUAACGCUCAAUAUUCAAGCUUAUGUAACUCAAUCAUCACAAUGAACUCAAUUGUUUUGAGCCAUUUAAAUCACGUAGAAUCAGCAAUGCAUAUACCAGUUGAAUCAUUUAUUAGACACGAUAUUUCGAUGAUGAAGAAGUCCAAAGCUUCGUAUGUUCAAAUUCAUGGGAAAUUUACCGAAGCUUACGAUAAAUUAGCAAACCCGCCAAAGAAAAGCCGUGAUACUACAGAUAAGCGUCAGAAGCUAAUGGAAUUACAUAAGCAAUCUUCUCACGCAUUUUGCGAAUACAUUUUGCAGCUCGAUGUAACAGAAUCGAGAUAUGCGAAUCUUAUUGGCAGUUUACUAAUAAGUUAUUCCGCCUCUGUAUACAACGAAUUAGCUUCACAAAUCAAUCGUUUAGCGAAAUUAGAGAUGGGAGACAUCCAAAUCGUUUCCGAGAAGAUCACCCAAUCAAAUGAAGCCAUUGCGCAAAAGAUGUUCGAAAAUACAGCUUUCCAUCAAACUGUGGAAGAUUUAAUACCUCAAUACUACGGAAUUCUUGAUCAGCCAUACCAAGGAACACCUAAAUCCGAAAUACAAGGUUACUUAUGGCGUAAAACAAGCGUUUUCGGAUCUUCUUGGGACAAAUUAUUCUGUAUGAGCAGAGAUGGCUUCUUUGCAGCUUCCACAUCACCUGCAACAUGCGCCAAACCACUCUGGACCCUCCAACUCGAGUAUUGCAACGUCAAACCAUUCGAUUUAGACGAUAAACCAAACUGUUUAACGAUUAUCUCGAAAAACAAGAACAUUGUGUUACAAGCACCAUCAUUAUACGAUCGCGAUAAAUGGAUAGCUACCAUACAAUCGCAAAUUUCCUCAAAAUUCAUGUCACAAGAUAUGGAAUCAGCCCGUCUUAAAGAAAACAACACUUCUACAUGCGCAGAUUGUGGUGCAAGGGAUUCUGAUUGGAUUAUUACCAACAAAGGAGCGAUUUUGUGUUCUAAAUGUGCAGGAAUUCAUAGAUCUCUUCCAAUGUCGGUUUCAAGGAUCAGAUCGUUGACUAUGGACACCAAUGAUCUUUAUUGCAUGGAAUUACUUAAAGCAAUUGGCAACAAAGGACUGAAUGAAAUUCUUGAAGCCAAUGUUGUCGACAAAAUCAAUCCGGAUUCAACACAGGAAGAGCGUGAAGCAUUCAUUAAGAGAAAAUACGUUGAUUUGGAGUUUAUCUCGAAGGAUCCCGUUGAUUUGAGAUCCGCAAUUCAAAAUUCAGUGGCACCACAGAUCCUUAAAGCAGUUUUGACCGGAGAAAUUAAUCAAGAUCUACCCGAUGGACUUACAGCCUUGCAAGCGGCUUCAAUUGUUGGAUCUCCUCCAAUUGUUUGCUUAAUUGCCAUGAAUUGUCCAGAAAUGAUCGAUAAAAUGGACAGAGGAAUGUGGACAGCCCUUGACUAUGCCACUUUUUAUAACCACGUUUACGUUGUUGACGCAUUAUUAACUUAUGGCGCAAAUCCAAUGGUCGAAGAAGCUGUUAAACCUUACGUUAUUGCUGCAUCUAAGAAGUUAGAUGAUAUAGCAAUGCUUCUUUCGUCAGCAAGACCCGAAUCUUUCGAAAUUUCGGAAUAUUCUCCUCCUUCCGAAGCCUUCAAACCUUCGCAACAGGACACAAGCAUGUUUAGAUUGACUGUAUCAAGGUUUGACAGUGGUUCAAGCCCUGCUUUCUCACAAACAGAUCCAUCUAUGUUUGUUCACAAAAGAAGAAUGACGUUGAUUCCAAAGAAGAUGCCAUUCAAGAUUAAUACUAAUCCAGAUUAA